GUGAUGCAUAAAGCCCAAGAGUAUUAGAAAGUUUGUAUGCCUAAUGAUUGUUUAUACUCAAUUUGUGUUCUGCCCCUUCCUUAAAAAAAAUAAACAGUGUACAACAAAGGAGUUAAAUUAUUAAGACUACAGGUUGAUUCCAAUUAAUCUUUAAUUUUAGAAGAAAAAUAUUGAUCUCUCUGAGUACUGCUAAGAGAACCCAAGGGAAAUAGGGUUAAAUUCUGUAGAGUAGGUUAGUUAACCUAUAAUAAGGAUUGCUUUAUCCCAGGUGGUGGAAUUAAAUUUGAACAGCUACAUACCCAUUUACAAUUCUGAUCAGGUUGGGGCAUGAUCUACAGGCAAAAGUCAAGUAGAGCUUGAUGACUUGAAUGGCAUAAAAGUGCUAGGUGUUUAUGAAUUACCCCAAAGGUCUGAGUAGAUGAUACAUUUCUUUAGUUUUCUCUGUGGUAUUAUUUAUAAGAUAUUACAUAUAUCCUGGUAUUUAAAUUAACAGACUACUAAUCUGUUGAAUAUUUGGGGGGGGGGUUAAAAUGAAUCAUCUUUUCAAGAUUGUUAGUUAAAACCUGCUGUACCAUUUAUUUUGGAUUUAGAAUUAGAUCUAAAUUAGUUUUAAAAGCAGUAUUACUAUAAAUGUAAAUGAAACUUGGUGGAAAAUGUUAAGAAUAUGGAUGCUCAUCUGCUAAUUUUACAGAAUAUUUGCAGAUUUUACACAAAAAAAAUCUGAAACAACUGGUAAAGGUGUCUUUAUAAUUAUUAUUUCAAAAACAUGACACGUAAGAAAAAGUGUGGGGAAGAGGAAAAAGCAAGCAAGCUCAAGCAGUCCAUUCUUAAAGGAUACCGACUGACUGACCAGUUCUAUGAUCUCCUGAUUCAGAAAUUUGACAGACAAAGAAGAGGGCAGGUGGCCUUUGAUGACUUCAUUCAGUGCUGUGUUGUACUGCAGAAAUGGACAGAUGUCUUCAGACGCUAUGAUACUGAUCAGGAUGGUUGGAUACAAGUAUCUUAUGAACAAUAUCUUUCUAUGGUCUUCACUGCUGUAUGAUUGUAAAUAUUGUCUGUGAUCAAGGAAAAGAAUUUGCAAACUUGCAUACAAGAGAAAUGGAUAACUUUCAUUCUUCCAUACAGAACAAGAGGUUUAGAAAUACGUGCAUUGCUUAAAGAUUCUGUUAUUCAUUGCAAAAGGUGCUAUAGCUGUAAGAUUCAGCAUUGUAUCAUGUAUAUUUUAUUGCUGGAAGUAAUGUUUAAAUGCCAAACAGUAGAAUUCUUAUUCAAAUUUGCACACUAUUGUAUUUGUCUUUUUAAAAUAGGAAGCGCAAAACAAAUUAAAUUUUUAUCCUAUGUCUUCACAGCAGGAAUGACCUUAAAUGCACAGGUGUCAAGAUAUACACUUGUAUUGUUUCUCCCACUUAGAUUAGGUUUCAUCUGCUUCUUCCAUUUAUUAUUAAAAAAAAGAAAAGAAAAUUAAUGUUAUUCUUCUUCCUGGGAUUUUUAAAUUCUGAGUAAGCACAGAGAUUUAUUACUACUAAAGCUGAAUAAUUCUGCUUUUUCUGUAUCUUCAGGUGUAAUAAAAAGGUUUACUGCCUUUCCUCUCUGACUUGGAGAUAUAGCUGGGUAUGAAUAUAUUGCUACAGUCAUACUGUGUAUAAAAAUGUUUUGUAACUAAACACGUUGCAAUUUUGAGCGGAGUUUUACCUUCAGCAGUUGCUUAGGAUGUGCUGCUAGCCUAAAUAAUACUUUUCUGCACACACCUAGAACUGGGAAGGAGGGUCAAGAUCCAGUCUAUUUUGGAAUAGUACAUGGCCACACAAGGGCUGCAUUUUCAACCAUGCAUAAUUUAUUAUAUGCCUAAUUUACUAACUGCAUAGCAUUUCUGCAGUAUGAUCCUAUCUUUUAUAUGGCAAGCAACUUGACUGCCAUAUAUGUUGCAUUUACUUCCUCUACCUUACGUCACAAAACAGAAAACUUGUGAAACAAAAUUUAUUCGCUGAAAUUUCAUUGAAGAGUAUUAGUCCUGAUUUACAUGGCAAAUGAAUAUCCCUAAAUAGUAGAACUGAUAGCCUCAUUUGGAAUGUACUGAUAUAUAUUUCCACUCGUGUUGACUUAGUGCCGU